GAAGAUGAUCCUGUAGUGCAAACAGCAGAGUUUAAGUUCCUUUACCGUUUGUAUGUUCCCAACAAGUAUCUAAUUCGUAACAACAAGAUGCUGAAGAAGAACUUGUUGAACCACCUUCCGUUGAUUAUACCUUCGGCUAUAUCUUCACGAACAUCAAAUGACUACGCGGGUCUUAAUUUCCAAGUUCAUCUAUUUCUCAGCUCUAUCAUGGUGAAUUAUAUCAGCUCCUGGUACCUCACCAAAUUAAACACAGACGAUAUGUUAUUUCUUCAGCUGGUGUAUCAGCUUUUGAGCGACUUAGUAAGAGAUAUCAGUAGAAGAGUCAAUGCUGUUUUGAAAGACGAGGUACUGAUAGUAGGCGUCAUAGAUGAUGUAGCCUCUAUUUUGAACAAGCAUAUUUCAGACUUGGUAGCCCAUGAUUCGCAGUAUGAGCUUGAGAUCUUACGUACCUUUCAAAACCGGGCCAAUUCCACUAACGUGUUUGAUGAAGACCCUUCAGAUGACGUGGAAACUGUCAUCGACAGAUACUUGGCCUCAAACCAUCUAAUUUUCAGGCAGAAUAAGUCUGCAUUCGAUGAUACUCAGCUCACGGAACCCCCAGACGAUCCUCGUCAAUUAGAGUAUUUCAGAAUCAUCACCCACAACAUAUUGGAAGCAACAUUUGAGAAUACGACAGAAGACUACGCUAUAAAUCCUCUAUCGUCCAAGAUAGGAACAAAAUUGAUCGUAAGCUUGGUAAGUGACUUGAUAUUUAUCAAGAUAUUCGAUAAGUUGUCGACACCUGACUUCAUAUUGGACACAGUUGGAGACGGAAUCGUUAGUGCAAUAGAAAAGUAUUUGGAUAGCAAGUCGUCAUCUAUUUCUAAGCCUGUUACAACAUCCAAAUCUGUCACUAUAUCUUCUAGGGCUCAGGUUAUACUAAGUUCUGUCUACAAUCGUGUAAGUCGAAUAAUACUCGGUGUUUCUGUCAGUAAGAAUACGGGUGAUACCCCUGAUAGCAACGAUGUAGAGCCUGACAUUUUCGGCAACUCGGUAUUUCAACUUUUUGACACCAUCACCAACUUUUCCAGCAGGAAGCCUUUAUUGACUGGAAUAUUGGUGUUUUGUAAAGAUUUGUUGCAAAUUAAUAGUCUGGUAGCAGCUAAGGUGAACUCAAUAUGUACCGGAUACAUUUCGAAAAAGAUCCUUAGUUCCAAUUUCAUUGGCGAUGGUAGUUUAUCAGGGAUCAUAUCUGAUUUACGUGUAAACAUUUUUGAAAAGAAAGACGACAAGAAAGAAGAGCUAGAAAAGGACAGAGUCACUGUUGACCAGUUGACUGAAAAGAUAUUUAACUUGAUCCGAGACAAGAUUCCUGGCCUUCUUCCUUCUUUUACUCGUGUAACACCUUUUUUCAACUACUUUGAAGAAACAGACGAAGACCUCAAGGAAGCGAUUCGCCGAAUGCUAGUGAUUUUCAACUAUGAGAAUGGCAGUGAUAACAUAGAGCUCCAUGAGACUUGUAAAUUAAACAAGCUUCUCAUGAUCAACUUGAUCGAUUGUGUCAUCAGAACACUUUAUCCUGAGCUUGUACAGAAUACAAUAUAG